AUGUUGAUUUUGGUACUCUCGUUGUUCGGCGUUGUAAUGGGAUGCAAUGUUCGUCCAAUAGAUACCAGAUGUGAUGAGGGAUGGACAUACAUUCAGAGAGAGCUUUAUGGAUGGUGUGUGAAAAUAAUGAAUAUAUCAGAUUGUUUUGGUCAAGGCGGAUCGUAUUCAUUGAUUGAAAAUUUGGAAGAAUUGGAAGUGUACGUGAACUUGAUAAAAAUAAGCGGUGAGAAGUAUGCGAGAACAUUAGAAAGAAGGACCACCAGCAAUCUAUGUCCAUGUCUCCUACUAUUACUUUGUCCAAUAACUGAAACAUGUAAACCACCAUCUGCAUGGUCACAGUAUAACACGUCAAUUGAAGUUCUUGAGAAAGUUGAGCCUUACUAUUUGAAUGAAAACAAAACUGGAGCGCACCUUUUUCUUACAACAGAGAACGAAUCUGGAUUGACGGAUAAUCAAUUAGGAGUAUUAUACGGCAUUGCUUUGUGUGGAAAAAACGCAACUUCAAUAAAUUGA